GGUGACCCGGAAAACGUGCUCUUUAAUUCCUGGGCUGGAAUUGAGCGCAGCUGCUCGAGAUCCAAGUUGCCACUAGCACCCACCACCCUCUUGGUCACCUUCUGCAACGCCAUCGCGGGGCUUAACUCUCCGUGCUUCCCCGUCGAGACACCCCGGCUGAGCCUCACGAUGUCCGGCGAAGCCUUUGUGACGCUGGCCACCAACGACAGCUAUGCCAAAGGGGCCAUGGUCCUGGGCCGCUCGUUACGAGACCACCACACCACCAGGAAGCUUGUCGCCCUCAUCGGACCUCACGUAGCAGAACCGUGCAGGGAGGUGCUGCGCUCCAUCUUUGAUGAAGUGCGCCUGGUGAACAUCACAGACUCGGGCGACACAGCCCACCUCGCCCUGAUGCAGCGGCCCGACUUGGGCGUGACCUUCACCAAACUGCACUGUUGGACGCUGACGCACUACGACAAGUGUGUUUUCAUGGACGCUGACACCAUGGCACUCUCCAACAUCGACGAGCUCUUUGAACGGGAGGAAUUCUCGGCCGCGCCAGACCCCGGUUGGCCAGACUGCUUCAACUCAGGGGUCUUUGUUUUCCGGCCAUCUAUCGAGACGCACGAGAAGCUGGUGGCGUUCUGCGCUGAAAAUGGAAGUUUUGACGGUGGCGAUCAGGGCGUCCUCAACAGUUUCUUCAACACGUGGGCAACAGCCGACAUAGCCAAGCACCUCCCUUUUGUCUACAACCUCAGCAGCAUUGCCAUCUACUCUUAUCUGCCCGCUUUCAAACAUUUUGGCCACGACGCCAAGGUGGUCCACUUCCUGGGCAAGACCAAACCGUGGUGCUACACCUACGACGCCCAGAGCGGUGAGGUGACGGGCCGCUCGGAUGGGCCUGACUCUGGCCGGCUUCACCCGGACUAUCUGCAGUCCUGGUGGCGGCUGUACACCACGUCAGUGAUGCCGCUGCUGCAGCGGGCCUACGGCGAUGCGCCAUUCACCACUGGGGUCAAGGAAGAGGCCAGUGACGAUAAGCUCCGGCAGGACGAGUACGUCAGUAGCACUGCGUCGUCUUCCUCUACCACAUCUGCCGCGGCGGCGGCUGAUGUGACUUCCCCGCGGCCCAUCUCCUCCGAGGAGCGGAAGGAGCGCUGGGAGGCGGGCCAGAUGGACUACUUGGGCGACGACUCCUUUGCCAACAUUGAACGCAAGCUGGACUCCUUCCUCAAGUAGCGAGUAAGGCUGCGACGGACAGAGGACAACAGAAGGGCCUGUAAGGAAUUGAACCCCCAACCACCCCUGCCCCACGUCCUCCGAGCCAAUCACAGAAGGUUCAAUUAGAAUUAUUAGUGUCUUCCAGCCUCACUAAAUGCACCUUUGCAGUUUGUGUGAGUGAGAGAGGGCAUUUCUUAAAAAGGAGAAAUGCAUUGUGAGAUGUAACUUCAUCCCCGGCGAGCUUUAUUAUAGCUGAUUAACACUGUUAAAUUAGCAUUUGCAAUUCAUACCCCGCGUGGGACAUAGCGAGAGAGUAACCCGAUAAUUUCGCUAUCAUGCCAACAAUACGGCAAUUGUGUGAUUUAUUCCGGACAAAACAUCUCACUCGGUAACUGAAGAGCACGAUUAACCCUCGAUAAAUUAGCAUAGUGUCAACAUGGGAGGCCAGAAAUGGCAGAAUCACUUAUUAGCAAUAGCAACAUGGUAUCAACAAUCUUGUGUUUGCACGAUACGGCGUUUGUCCAUUUUAUUUUAAAAGAAAACUGAUCAGGGAGGGAUCAUGUAGCCGAACACUGUUCACCCCUUUAUUGAAAUUAGCAUUAGCGACUUGGCAUCAACACUGGAGAAAAGGGUGUGGGGGAAAUGGCAGUGGAACAAGAUCAUGUUUGAGUUAACCCAAAAAUGGCAGACUAGCUUGCCUGAAUGUCACACUGUCUUUCCAACUAUAAGGCCGCUGUGAUUUUUGGACUAAAUCUGUCACUGAAGAACACCAUUAGCACUUGAUGAAUUUAGCAUUAGCUACUUAGCAUCAACACUGAAUAUCAGGGGGAGGAGAGAUAUUGGUCAUGACAUUUUUUUUUCUUUCCCCCUUCUAUGCUAUGUAUAAAAUGGUGGAUACUGUGUACCAUCUAUAUAGUACAGUUGGGCAAACUUAAAACACUCUAACACUUGUGCAUUGGAUAGCUCGAAGGUCGUACGAAAUAACAAAUUGUCCUCCACUCAAAGAGCACAUGGACAGGGCAUGAAAUAAAGUAUUUUGUCAAUAUAUGUGAUACUUGUCUAUCAUAGGAGAAAACGCGACAACAAUGCAGUUGGGCAAGUGGAGAGAGAAAAAAAAAAUUGAAGGUCGAAUUACUGCUUGUGUGGAUAAUCUUAUGCUGUCAAAAUGUGGAUACAGUAUUUGACAGAUGCAGUAGAUCUAUAAAAUAUUCACAGUAGUUCACUUUUUCCACAUUUUGUUACAGCCUUUUCCCAAAAUGGAUGAAAUUGACUUCCUUAAAAAGAUCUGAAAAACUUUCAUUUUUGUGCAUUGAUUAAAACCCCAAGACUCUUAAUUCCGCGUUCGUAUUUAGUUUUUGAUAUGAAAUCUGGAGUUUGAGCUCAAGGUGGUCAUCCUCUGUACAGUUUCAAUGGAUUCCACGUGUGGUAAAUCAAGUUGAUUAGACAUGAUUUGGAAAGAAACACCUGUCUAGAUAAGCUCCCACGUUUGACAGUGCAUCAUUAGCAAAACUAAAAAUUUCCAUGUGAUGGGAAAUUGUGUCGAAUUUUGAGGGCAAAAAUUAAUUGGCCGU